AUGGCGGGAGGAGAAGCUGGAGUGACUCUGGGGCAGCCGCAUCUUUCGCGCCAGGAUCUCACCACCUUGGAUGUUACGAAGUUGACGCCACUUUCACACGAAGUUAUCAGUAGACAAGCCACAAUUAAUAUAGGUACAAUUGGUCAUGUAGCUCAUGGGAAAUCCACAGUUGUCAAAGCUAUUUCUGGAGUUCACACAGUCAGGUUCAAAAAUGAACUAGAAAGAAAUAUUACAAUCAAGCUUGGAUAUGCUAAUGCUAAGAUUUAUAAACUUGAUGACCCAAGUUGCCCUCGGCCAGAAUGUUAUAGAUCUUGUGGGAGCAGUACACCUGAUGAGUUUCCUACAGACAUUCCGGGGACCAAAGGGAACUUCAAAUUAGUCAGACAUGUUUCCUUUGUUGACUGUCCUGGACACGAUAUUUUGAUGGCUACUAUGCUGAAUGGUGCAGCAGUGAUGGAUGCAGCUCUUCUGCUGAUAGCUGGUAAUGAAUCUUGCCCUCAGCCGCAGACAUCUGAACACCUAGCUGCUAUAGAGAUCAUGAAACUGAAGCAUAUUUUGAUUCUACAAAAUAAAAUUGAUUUGGUAAAAGAAAGUCAGGCGAAAGAACAAUAUGAGCAGAUCCUUGCUUUUGUCCAAGGUACAGUAGCAGAGGGAGCUCCCAUUAUUCCAAUUUCUGCUCAGCUGAAAUACAAUAUUGAAGUUGUUUGUGAGUACAUAGUAAAGAAAAUUCCCGUACCCCCAAGAGACUUUACUUCAGAGCCCCGCCUUAUUGUUAUUAGAUCUUUUGAUGUCAACAAACCUGGCUGUGAAGUUGAUGACCUUAAGGGAGGUGUAGCUGGUGGUAGUAUCCUAAAAGGAGUAUUAAAGGUGGGCCAGGAGAUAGAAGUAAGACCUGGUAUUGUUUCCAAGGAUAGUGAAGGAAAACUCAUGUGUAAACCAAUCUUUUCCAAAAUUGUAUCGCUUUUUGCGGAGCAUAAUGAUCUGCAAUAUGCUGCUCCGGGUGGUCUUAUUGGAGUUGGAACAAAAAUUGACCCCACCUUGUGCCGGGCUGACAGAAUGGUGGGGCAAGUACUUGGUGCAGUUGGAGCCUUACCUGAGAUAUUCACAGAAUUGGAAAUUUCCUAUUUCCUGCUUAGACGGCUUCUAGGUGUACGCACUGAAGGAGACAAGAAGGCAGCAAAGGUGCAAAAGCUGUCUAAGAAUGAAGUGCUCAUGGUGAACAUAGGGUCCCUGUCGACAGGAGGGAGAGUUAGUGCUGUCAAGGCCGAUUUGGGUAAAAUUGUUUUGACCAAUCCAGUGUGCACAGAGGUAGGAGAAAAGAUUGCCCUUAGUCGAAGAGUUGAAAAACACUGGCGUUUAAUUGGUUGGGGUCAGAUAAGAAGAGGAGUGACGAUCAAGCCAACAGUAGAUGAUGACUGACAAAUACCAGUUAAAUACUAAAUUUGGAUGGAGUUGGAAGUUGAAAUUUCUCUUAACAACCAAGGGAUUUAUUUUCAAAGCAAAUAUUGGGGAAUUUAUUUACAAUUUGUUACCUUAGUAGAUAGCUAUAAGGUUAUUCUCAUUUUUUUUUUGGUUAUGAAAACUUAGGGACUACAAUUAAUAUAAAAAUUGGCAUGAUGUUGGACUGAAUCUCUGUUUUGACAGACUUGAAAACCUUCUCCCUUUUCUUUAGCCUCAUAUUUUAUGUUGCUUUAUCUUUGCAAUUUUGCAUGAAAAGGAAAUUAAUGGGUUGAAAUAAAAUUGUUCUUUAGAACAUGAGUACUUGUUGCCAAGGAGAAAUCUUUUUCUUCCUUGCUUUUCCUGGCCUGAAACAUGGGAAACCAGAGUCAGAAGUUACCUUCCUUUCCCUGUGAUGUCUUGAGAUUUUUUUUGCAUUGUUUUAUGCCUGAAAUCCAAUAGUCUUCCUCCAUUGGAAAAUACUGUUAUACCAAAUAAUUCUAAAUGAGUAACAAAUAUCUUUCUAAGUCUUCAUUUUGUUUUUUCUUAGGUGUUAUAUUAUGAUCAUAACACAGAUGGUAAUAUUACUACUUUUUGGACAUUUGAAAAGGCCCAAAGGUAAAAGGUGUUAGAAAGCAGUAAGUGAGUCAAGAUGCCCCACAGAGAUUCUGAUUUAACUGUUCUGAUUUCAUUGGCUUGGAGAAGAAUUCAGGCAUCGAUACCUUCAAAAACUCUCCCUAGUGUUGAGAAAUUUAGAGCGCUGAGAAGUAGGUAUAUUAAAUUACAGAAUCUUACUGAGUUUUGGUAGUAUGGUAAUACAGUUUGCUUUGCUUUUCUUAAAUUUGCAUUGAGAUGGGAUUUGAAGCACAUUAUUGUACUCUUUUGAAUGUUGAAGUUGUAUUGUAGCAAUUUAGAACCUCUGGCUAUGGGUUAUCUAAGUUGAUGUUUUGAGGACUCAUAUUAAUGUUAUAUACGUGGCUGACUUUGAAGGUUGUGUUGUAGCAUGAGGAACACAAAACAAUUCUACAUCAAAAAAAAAAAAAGGAAAAAAAAGGGAGUUUUUAUACUGCUGGAAAAUGAGAGAUGGGGAGUUUCAAAGAAUACAGGGGAAAAGGCUGUUUCUUCAGUCUCAGAUAACAACCCAAUCAGACGUCUAGGCAUCAGCAGCUGGUCACAAUGCCCUUCGAGGUAUUCAUCCCUUCCACACACAUUUUUGUGACCCUGAAGUUACCUCUUUGUGCUUGAGAAGGAAGCAGUACAUCUGCAGUUUAUAAUUAUGUUGUGGAAACAAGGAGAAUUGGGCAAAAAGCGAGUGGUUAAAAUGUACCAGCAAGCAGGGGUCCGAUCAGAAUUUUCAUUAUUUCAGUCAUAAAAAAAGGCUGUGGUGCUGAAAUUUCAACAGUCCCGGUUACAUUCUUGGACCAACCUUCACUAAGCAUAGCCCAGUUUAAUGGUAGAGCUCCUCAGUAGAGGUGUUGCAGAGAGAUCCCUGAGGUAUCAUGAUAUCAUGACUUGGAGGAAACCAGCAAAAGUUCUGGAUAGCACAGCGGGUCUCAGUGGAUCUCGAAUUGUGGUCUCUGGACUGGCAACAUCAGCAUGACCUGGGAACUUUAGUUAGAAAUGCAAAUUCCCAGGCACCACCCCAGACCCGUUGAGUCAGAAAUCUGCUGGAGCCCAGCAAUUUCUGUUUUCACAAGGCUUUCAGGUCAUUUUAAAGUGAUUGUGAUGUUUGAGACCACUGCUCAAAGAUACCAGGUUUUUUUUUUUUGAACUGAAUUAGAACAUGACUUGGAAUUGUGCUUAUGCACUCCAGAGAUUCAUGGAAAUCAUAAGUAGAGGUGGUUGAUUUUACCCUUCCAAGGAACUUUUUGAAGAUACUUUUGGCAUAGAACUAAGUCUGUACAAAGAAGUAAGCAAAGAUAAGUCUGGCAAGCCAGAAUCCCUCAACUGUGCUGGAUCCUGUAUUCUGUAUUUCUUCUCUCACUGUUUAUGAGAAUGCUGAUUGCCUGGAGAUGACAAACUAAUACUUUACAUUUAUAGGGCGUGGAAUUCCUUUGCAGAAUAAAAUGCUUCCCAUAAUUACUAACUGCAUAAAA